AGAGCAAGAUAGCACCAACCUUGAAGCUUCAACAGAAUCUAUGGAAGCAACAGUCGCUUCAAUUAAUGCAAAUGGUAUAGAAGAUUCCUACCGACAGGUUUCUUCUCCUAAGGAGGGAUUCCAUGAAUACAACACUGUCUUUGCUUCUGAGGAUUCAUUCAGAACAGAUGAUCCUAUUGAGGAACAAACAUUGGAUGGAAGAGAGCAAGAUAAAACUGAAACUCAAGCUCCUGAGGGAUCUCCAAAAUCUUCAAUGGACUCCAAACAUCACAAUGGCAUAGAUGGUGGAAUACAGUCGGUUUCAUCUUCCAAGGACGGUAAAUUUCAUCAGCAAAUAGUUCUACCUUCAGAGGAGAACUUGUCCAGAACAAUAGAAAACCAAAUUCAGAGACAAGCAUCAGAUCGAAAAGAGGAAGAAGAGACAAGGAAUGCAUCUCUGGAUACAAAAUUUAUGGUCUGUAGACCCAGAUCCAUGGAAAUGCACAGCCUUAAAUCUGAUCAACAUGAAUCCACCAUACCUCACAUGGAAUUACUACUUUCAUCAUCUAAAGAUCAGAAGACAAAUGAGCACACAGGUUCACCUUCUGAGGAGAACUUAUGUAGAACAAAUGAGAACCAGACUGAGAGUCAGGCAUCAAUUCGAGGAGGUUAGUAUUUAAUUGGUUUCUUCACUGGAUUCAAAUUCCAUAGUCCUUAACUCCAAAACUAUGGAAUCAGAAACUGUUAACUCUGGUCAACAUACAUCCAAUAUAUCUCAUGCUGAUCCAUUAGUUUCAUCAUCAGAAAAUGGAAAGUCUAAUGAGCAUACAGCUUCACCUUCCAAGUACAAUUCAUCCAGAUCAAAUGACGACCAAAUUCAGAGACAGGCAUCAAUUGAGGGAGAGAGGGAAGAGGCAAGGAAUUCAUCUCUCGAUACAAAAUCCAUAGUCCACAAUCCUGAAUCUGUGGAAUUAGAAAAUCUGAAUUCUGAUCUCCGGGAGUCUACUAUAGUUGACACACAACAAUUUGUGGAAGCCAGCAGAAAAUUACCAGGAAGCAGUGGCGAUAUUACCAAAUCAAGUGGACCACAAGAUUCUGAGGAGAAAGGACACAAACCAGAGGAUGAGGUUGCAGACAGUCAACAUGGAAGUUAUAUUCUGCAUUCCUACUCAGAAGUAGAACAGAUUGGGAAAGAUAUGCCAAUGGAAAACACAGAAUCCCAAGAACUGGAGGAGGUAGACAUGAGCAAUAUCAAUGAGGUGAAAGGCGGAAUUGAAGCUGAAAACAAGUGCCAAACAACACCAACACCUGAGGUUGAAAACAGGGGAGGAAAAGAAACGAUCUUAUCUAACUCUCUUGGGAAUGAUGGCAGGGAUUGCAGGGACUCAGAAUCUGAAGCUGUUGUACUGACAAGAUUAUCAGAUUCCGUCCAAAUAGAAGCUUCUGAACCAGAAUGCAAAUAUGUAGUUCUGACGAAUGACAGAAAAGUGAUGGAGAAUGGAUCAGAAAGUGAACAGAGUGGGUAUGACUCUAACACAACUUUGUUUUCUGAGGAACUGGUGGAAGAAUCAAAUGCAGGUGAGAUGAAUAUUUUUCAAACUGAGUGUGUGAUGAUAGGCACUAAUCAUGGAGAAAAGUUAAAGGGAUGUGAGUUAUAUGACUCAUACAAGCCCAAGAAACAGAGGGGUUUCCACAUUGAUGAUGGAAAUGGGAGUGUAGAUGUCUUCAAACUCAACAUGCAUGAUACCAACCAGAGAUUGGUUUCAGAGGAACCCAGUGAGGAGUUGGAGGGAGAAACCAAGAUGGUCUUUGUUGUUGAAACUAUCCCAACAGAACUAAUUCUCACUGUUGGGAACCAUGAAGAGAGGAAACUCCCAACAUGUUCCUCACCUUCAUUGGACCCAACAAAGAAUAAAGUGACCAUAGAAGCAAUGAAGAAAACACAAGAUGCAGAUGCAAGUUUGUAUCCGAUUGAAACAGUGGAAAAUUUUCUCCCACCAGACUCUGUUUCUCUAGGCCAGACUCAAGAUCGCAAACAGGGCAGACUACUGGAAACUGAAUCAGUAGAUUCUGAAAAUGAUUCAAACAAGGAAUCAAAUCAAAACUGUGAUGAUGAGGUUGAUGUCAGUAAAACUUCCAAAUUCAACACAGCAAACUCAACUGUAGAAAAAAUUUUGGUGAAUGAGACAUCCAGGCAAGACCAGUCACAACAUCAGGAACUCACUACAGUGGCACUUGUGUCAUCUGAUAGUACUGUGGAUGGCUCUGAGGAACAAGAAUCAACAUGUGAUGUAACCAACCAUACAUGUGACAUUGACUUGGAGUCUGAUUUUGGAACACAAGAAAACAAUGGCUAUUCCAUCAAUGCAACGAACCAAGACAAUAUCAAAGCCAGUGUUGAUGUUAGAGCUGAGUCCAACUUUGAACUCUAUACCCCAAGCAAAGAAAGUGAAGCCCCAGCAACCCAGUCAGACAAAAGGAUUUGUGCAAAAGGUCAAGAGGUUGAAGUCCUGGAAAUACAGUUAAACAAGCAGCUUCAUGCAAAAGAUGAAGUUUCUGUAUUCGCAAUUUGUGGGUCUGAUACUCAAAAAAGUACAGACAGGUUGACAACUGAUUCAAUUCAAGAAGACAUCAAUUUCCACGUUGAGGUUGGUAAACCUCCCAACUUUGAUUUUGAACUCCCACUUGAAGCAAGGAUAGAGGAAUCCGAUCAAACCCCAUUACUGAGUCAGGAAAGGACUGCAAAAGGUGAUGUCUUUCAACUUAAAAACUGUGAUUUUGAAACCUUAGCAAACAGAGUUAAUGAUGUUAAUAUUGAAAACCCAGAUGCAGGUAAAGAAAAAUCUGAAAAGGACCAAUUACAGUAUGAAGAGAUGUCAGCACAAAAGCAUGUCAUUGCAUUGGAAAGAACCAGUUCAGAGAAGUUGAGGACCCCACUUCUAGACUUCUUGAAGGAAGGAGAGAAGCAUGCGAACGAGUCAGCAAAGAAAAACAAGGGUCAUGUUGCAAAGAAGUCAGCAGAAGAUGGGUGGAACUCAUCCACCAAGAAAGACAUGGCUACUUCACCCAGAGUGAUACAGAAGCGCAAGCCCAAGUAUACCCUCUUCAGCAACUGCAUGGGUUGUACAGAAGUGAUUCAAUAAGCUUUCAAGUCCCAUAUAUAUAUACAUAUUUUUUUUUUACGUUCCUUCUCAGUGGUUUGAUUGAUUUGGUGUAAGGGUGACUUGAAAAAGAGAGAGUUGUGGAUUUGUAGAUUAGACAGAAAAUGAGAGAGAUCACCUUUAUGAGAGUUGUCAUCCAUUAUUUGUGUUCCUUUCCUUUUCCACCUU